AUGGCGUCACAGCAACAGCAGCAGAGGCAGCAGGCGGGAGCGGCGGCGGCGGCGUCCUCGGCCGCGGCCGUGGACUUCGAGGACUACCUGCCGGUGAUGGCGGAGCGGCUGGGCGAGGACGGGCUGAUGCGGGAGCUGGCGAGCGGGUUCCGCCUGCUCAUGGACCCGGCGCGGGGGCUCAUCACCUUCGACAGCCUCCGCCGCAACGCGCCGCUGCUGGGGCUGGGCGGCAUGUCCGACGACGACCUCCGCGGGAUGCUCGCCGAGGGCGACUUCGACGGCGACGGCGCGCUCAGCGAGAUGGAGUUCUGCGUGCUCAUGGUGCGCCUCAGCCCCGAGCUCAUGGACGAGCCCCGCAGGUGGCUCGACGACGCCGUCGACCAGGCGUCCCGCUUCCUCUUCACCAGCUGA